AUGCCAUGGCGGCUGUUUCUGUUUCUGCCUGCAGCGAUCGGUCAAACACCGGGCCCUGGGCCCUACGACUUGGUGGCAGUUCAACUGCUGGAGGAGGAGUGCCCAGCCUCGACUACGUCACCCAACGUGCUGAAUGCUUGGAAGACACCCACGGUGGCGUCCCUGGAGGCUCGCUCACACCUGGCCGGAAACUUUGGGCGUCAACACCGCGCUGCCGCCUUGGCCUAUUGGCUUCAGGCACUGCUACGGCUGUUUGAAGAUGCCUUGCCAGCUGCAUUCCAAUGCUCGGCGUUGUGCGCGCAGCAUCUGCAAAGCACUGCUGAGUGGUCCUUGUCGUUGGACCAUCCGCGGCGGGCACGGAUACUUCUGCAGCUAGGAAACGCCUUCAAAUUCCAAGCGCUGAAGGAUUUUGCGAAUUUGUACCAUGAGAUGAAGGCAGUUCAUGGGAACAUCCAAGAAGCAUUGAAGACCGACGCGGUGCCCAAGCGAUUUUUGCCGCGGCUUCAUGUUCAAUAUCAGAUCAUGUUGGGUGAGCUCCAUGGUGCGCUCCGGGUGGAACCGCUGCCCUGGAAACGCAUUGCGGAGAUCACGUCGGAUAUCCCGCGGGUGGAGAUCCAUUCGAUUUGUUCUUACAAACCAGAUCCAACAUCAAAGACGAGCCUCGAGUCGCCCCUGUUGGAGCUGUCAGUUCCCAAUCACCGGGCCUACGCGCAGCGUCAUGGCUAUCGCUAUGUGGUGCAUACCGAGAGCGCGCUGCCGGAUAGGGAGGCACACUACAGCAAGAUGUAUGUGGUCUAUCAUCGUUUUUUGGGCCAAGAACCACACUGGGCACAUCAGCCUACAAUGCCUGCAGGGCCACCCCCUGAUUGGAUUUUCUUCAUCGACUGCGAUGCCUUCUUCACCGACUUCAGCACCUCGCUGGGAGACCUCAUCGCCACGCACAGCGCAGCCAUGGCUUCGCAGAGGGACAUGGGACAUGCGCAGUUUCUGGUGGCGGAGGAUCCAGGUGGCAUCAACACCGGGGUAUUCUUGAUUCGAAAAUCCGCAUGGUCCAUGGAGUUCUUGGAGCGUGUCUCCAGUAGCAACUUCAUGGUGGCCUGGGACCAGUCCAUGUUUUUCUGGCACAUGAUUCGUGGAGCAUUGGACAUUGAUCUAGAUCAGGAGGAAGACUUUCUGUAUCCCAGCGAGAUCCGGCUGGUUCACCAGGCGCAGUUCAACGCCUUCGUCCCUCCAGCCUCUGUCGAUUGGAUGGCCUACGAGUGGCGUCCUGGGGACUUUGUGCGGCACUUUGCGGGCUGUCCCUGGCAGGAUUUGCGUCAAAUCCAUGUCGGUAGCGAGGAGCAGCUAUGCCUAGACAUGAUGCUUGUAGCUUGGCAGUGGACCCCAAUGACUUGUUCAAGAAUGGUGAGAAACAGCUCAGAUGACGCGCUGAUCCAGCCAGUUUGGCUGGACGACCAGAGAAGUGAAUGGAUCGGAUCGUGCCAACUCUCUGCGAUAAAUUUGCUGGCGUAUGGCUUUGCAUCCAAGGACAUGCCUGGGUGGGUGCAGGAGGUGUCCGCCUUUGGUGUCUCCAUAGCUGCUAUGCCUGGGUUGAACACAGUGCACAGCUGGUUCGUUGGCACGGCUGGUGCAAGUCACUCUUGGCAAAGUAUCACCAGUGUACCAGUGUACCGUGUGCGGAACCUCGGCAUGGCUGAUCGGAAAGCUGUCACAAUCAAUGUGGGUGGUGAACAAAUCAUCCAAGUGAGACCAGAGUUGUUCAAUGUGGUUGGCGACAAUCAUUUUGCCUCGAUGUUUUCGGAGCGUUGGCAAAAUCAACUGGAUGCAGAGGGACACCUCUUUGUUGACUAUUCACCUCGGGUGUUUUUGCCAUUGAUUGAGUUUCUACGCUUGGUUCGAGAUUCGGAGCCUGACAUGCCAGCACCAGUGGUGGUGGAGCCGUUUUAUCGCCGGGCAUGGAUACGCAUGGUCCUUGCCUUGUCCUUCCAUCCUGAGGUACUUCGAAAGGCUGGUAUAAGACCUGAUGAACUGCGCGACUGCGGUUGUGCCAAAGUGCUUCGUGAUGCAGGUUUCACAGCAACAGAACUUUUAGCAUCAUCUGGGAAUCAACAGGCACCAUUUUCUUUGCGAGAACUUGCAGAGAUCGGAUAUUCCACUCUAGAACUUCGAGAAGUUGGAUUCUCGCUUGAGUCAUUGAGGGCGACUGAACACUUUACAUUGCAAGAGCUCUUUGAUGGUGGCUUUGUGGUUGAGGAGUGGCGAGCUGUUGGAUUCGCACCGCAACAAAUGGUUCGAGGAGGAUUUACCCUCCAGCAGCUUAGAGUUGCGGGAUUCGAACUUCAAGAGUUGCGAACGUCUGGCUUCACUCCUCCACAGUUUUUGGAUGGUGGAUUUACGUUUAAGGAGUUGGGACGUGCCGGAUUCGCGCUUGGAGAGCUUCAGGAGGCAAGGUUGACACUUCCACAACUUCGAGAGGUUGGGUUUAGAGCUCAACAGUUAUGGAGGGCUGGUGUCACAGCCGACCGUCUUUUCUGGGACUGUCACUUUACUCUUGAGGAGUUACGACAGGAUGGAUUCACACUUCAAGAGCUGUUGGAAGGAGGGCUAACAGUUGAGCAUUUGCGGACGGCUGGAUUGGCUUUUGCAGACUUGAGAGAGGCUGGCUGCGAAGCCCAACAGCUGAUAGAGAGUGGAUUUACAUUUCAGGACUUUCAAGAUGAUUGGCUGACAGUUCAACAGUUGGCCCAUGGCGGCCUGACAAUUCCACAACUUCGUCAGGCUGGGAUGGAACUCGUGCAUUUUAGGAUGACAGGGCUCACACCCCUGCAGCUAUUCCAGGGUGGAUUUACACUUGAGGAAUUGCAAUUGGAUGGAGUGACCCUUGAACAGCUGAUUCAAGAGGGGGUGACAAUUGAGCAGCUUCGAGAAUCUGGACUGAAUCUUUGGUGGUUGAGAGAGGCGGGCUUCACACCCCAGGAACUGGUGGAGGGCGGAGUUACAUUGCAGGAACUGCAAAGUGCUGGAUUCACCAUUCAACAGCUGGUUGACACCGGGUUUACAGCUCGGCAGUGGAUGGAGGCCAAAGUCAGCCCCUGGCAGCUUUGCUUUCACUGUGGCUUCACACUUCAGGAUUUGCGACGGGAUGGAUUGACGGCUGAAGAGCUGUUUGAGGAAGGGCUAACAGUUCGGCAACUUCGGGAGUCUGGACUGGAACUCUUGCGGUUGAGAGAGGUGGGCUUCACACCCCAGGAACUGUUGGACGAUGGAGUUUCGUUGCGUGCACUGCCAAGUGCUGGACUCACCAUUCACGAGCUGGUCGUAGCAGGUUUCACUCUUCAGCAACUGCGGGAGGUUGGGUUUACAGCCAGGCAGUGGAUGGAGGCCAAAGUCAGUCCCUGGCAGCUUUGCUUCAACUGUGGCUUUACUCUUCAGGAUUUGCAACGGGAUGGGCUGACACCUCAGGAGCUGGCUGAGGAAGGGCUAACAGUUGAGAAGCUUCGAGGGUAUGGGAUGGAACUUUCCCGGUUGCAAAAGGCGGGCUUCACCCCCCAAGAAUUGCUGGACGGUGGAGUUGCAUUGCAGGAACUGCAAAGUGCUGGAUUCACCAUUCAACAGCUGGUUGUCGCAGGUUUGGCUCUUGAGCAACUGCUAGAGGCCGGGUUUACAGCUCGGCAGUGGAUGAAGGCCAAGGUCACCCCCUUUCAACUUUGCUUUGCUUGUGGCUUCACACUUCAGGAUUUGCGACGGGAUGCAUUGACGGCUGAAGAGCUGGUUGAGGAAGGGCUAACAGUUCGGCAACUUCGGGAGUCUGGACUGGAACUCUUGCGGUUGAGAGAGGUGGGCUUCACACCCCAGGAACUGUUGGACGAUGGAGUUUCAUUGCGUGCGCUGCCAAGUGCUGGAUUCACCAUUCACGAGCUGGUCGUAGCAGGCUUCACUCUUCAGCAACUGCAGGAGGUUGGGUUUACAGCCAGGCAGUGGAUGGAGGCCAAAGUCAGUCCCUGGCAGCUUUGCUUCAACUGUGGCUUUACUCUGCAGGAUUUGCAACGGGAUGGGCUGACACCUCAGGAGCUGGCUGAGGAAGGGCUAACAGUUGAGAAGCUUCGAGGGUAUGGGAUGGAACUGUCCCGGUUGCAAAAGGCGGGCUUCACCCCCCAAGAACUGUUGGACGGUGGUUUUACACCAGAAGACCUGGGCGUCCUCGACCCCUCCUGGCGCCGAUUUCAAUGA